GCCGCCGCCGCUCCCCUGCCGCCGCCCGGCCAAGUUUGAAGAGCGGCCGCCGCGGGUUGUCGCGAGUGGCGCGGGCUCGGCGCGGCUCCGGGGGGCGCCGGCGGGGACGGGGCCGCUGCCGCAGGGGGCGCCCCGCCGGGACAGCGCCCCGCCGCCGCCUAUGAGGGCGCCGCGGGGCCGGGCGAGCCAUGGACGGCGGCGGCGGCGGGGCGCCGCCCGCCCUGGAGAAGAACGCGGCGGAGCUGACGGUCAUGGACGUCUACGAUAUCGCCUCGGCCGUGGGGCAGGAGUUUGAGCGGGUGAUCGAUCAGCAUGGCUGCGAGGCCAUCGCCCGCCUCAUGCCCAAGGUGGUGCGGGUGCUGGAGAUCCUGGAGGUGCUGGUGAGCCGCAACCACAUCAACCCCGAGAUGGAGGAGCUGCGUCUGGAGCUCGACCGCCUGCGCCUGGAGAGGAUGGACCGGAUCGAGAAGGAGCGGAAGCACCAGAAGGAAUUAGAACUGGUGGAGGAUGUCUGGAGAGGGGAAGCACAGGACCUUCUUACCCAAAUUGCACAGCUGCAGGAGGAGAAUAAACAACUGAUGACAAACUUGUCUCACAAAGACAUUAAUUUCACAGAAGAGGAAUUUCAGAAGCAUGAAGGAAUGUCAGAGAGAGAGCGGCAAGUCAUGAAGAAGCUGAAGGAAGUGGUAGAUAAACAGAGAGACGAAAUCAGAGCAAAGGACCGUGAACUCGGACUUAAAAAUGAGGAUGUAGAGGCUCUUCAGCAGCAACAGAACAGGUUAAUGAAAAUUAACCACGACCUGAGGCACCGGAUCACUGUUGUUGAAGCUCAGGGGAAGGCACUGAUUGAGCAGAAGGUGGAGUUAGAAGCAUAUCUGCAAACCAAGGAGCAGGAGAUGGGCAACCUGCGAGCAGAGCUGGGCAAACUGAGAGAAAAACUGCAGGGUGAGGACAGCCACAAUGGGGAGGAGGUAAAGAUAGAACCAAGCAAUGAUGACUGCCUCUCAGAGUCAGAAAAGAUGGCAAUGGACUUAAAAGAUCCGAAUCGUCCGAGAUUCACCUUGCAGGAGCUCCGGGAUGUCCUUCAUGAGAGGAAUGAAUUGAAAUCUAAAGUGUUCUUACUACAAGAGGAGCUUUUAUACUACAAAAGUGAGGAAACAGAAGAAGAAACUAGAUCCCCUCAACCCACACCCAUAAUUCAAUCAAAACCCUCAACUCAGCCUGAGUCUGGAAUCAAACGACUGUUUAGUUUCUUCUCUCGUGAUAAGAAACGUAUGCAGGCAUCACAGAAAAAUGUCCACUUCCAGCAGACUUUUGGAGAAUGGUCAAAUUCAAAUAAAGACGACUCGUACACCGAACAAGGACAAGAAGCCCUGCAGCACCUGUGACUAAAACCUUGAGGGGGUCAGUUCACCCCAGUAGAUCUCAACAGUCUAGUUAAUGAGAAGCUUCUGUAAACAAAUCUGGCAGCUCAUCACUUUUGUUUGCCUUGCACACCUCCAUGGUUGUGUUUUGGAUGUACUCUUCAAGAAGGGAUCCCUCACUGUUCACUUGGUGACUGUUGAAAACAGAAUCCAAGCUUUGUAGUAACAGUUGCCGAUACCCUGGGACACUGAAGCUUCUAGAUGACUUGUUUUGUGCUGAAUAACAAGUCUCUGGUUCUGUCCAUGCAUUAACUACAGUAACACAAGCUUCGUUAAACCAAAAAAAAAGAAAGGACCUGUGCCAUUAUUAGAAGUUUGUUUGCAGUGUACAAUAUCUAGUGGCAGAGGCUCUUUACCCUGUUUGUUAACACUAUCAGUUGUUUGCCUUUUAUUUCUGUAAGAAUUCUUUCAGGAGGGAUGGGACAGUAGGUCAUAGCACUGCUGUUCAAGUUCAACUGGCAGCUGCAUUUUGCAGAGUAACCACUUGGAAAUCCACCUGAUACAAGCUGAUGAACUGGAAGUAGCCUUGAGAGGGCUAGUGAGUGUACAUUUCUCUUGCUGCUUAUAGUGCCUAAAGCAUGAAGAAAGCGCUGGAGGAGGUGAGCGUGCCUUGCAUUUUGCCAUGAGUUCUGCAGUAUUAACAGCAAAGAAAUUGCUAACGAGGAGGAAUUCUGACACUUAAAUUUUUUCAUUCGUACCAGGGACUUUCCCCAGAGUAGCAGAGAGUGGCUGCAAAGGAAUGCAGUCUCUUUCCCACAGAUAGGUUUUUAAUUAAGUCACACUCCACUUUUCUGUGUAGGUCAGAAUGCCUGACUAGAGUGAAAGACAUCCUCAACUGGCUGACAUGGACUGCUUUAACUGACUUAGUGAUAUAUGACCACAACUCAAAAUGUUUUCUCUGACUAGUCUAAACACUACCUGGGCAGAGCAGAUGAAUUCUGUAUGUGCAGGCUGCUUCACUGUUGAUGGUUGAGUAACCUGCAGUUACAGAGGCUUAAUUUGCCAGCAAAAGCUCAGCCCAGCUGAACUGCCAGAGGGUGGGAUUUAAACCUGCUUUGCAAUUGUGCUGGGCAGACCCUUGGGUCUGGCCAAGGUUCUGCUUACAAAAGCUGUGACACUAACUGAAGUCCCAUGUAACUGCUGUGUGCAGUUUGGUAUUGGCACACACUCUGCCCCUGUGCCAAAGAGGCACCUGAGCUCCACCAAGGGAGGUGCUGGGGGUUCUCAACUUGGCUGUGUGCAAGGAGAGUCCAUGCUGGAGCACCAUGCUGGUGAGGAUCUAGUUACAAGGCCACAGGCAACUUCUGCACGUGUAGUUUAGCAUAGGGACCUGUGAACUGCCCAUGGCAUCUCACUCCCAGUAACUACAUCUGCUCUGCAGAGUCUCUUCUCAGGAACAGCACUAAGGACAGCAAACAAUGCUCAGGAGGGAGUAAACUCCAACUGCUCCAGGCACUCAAUGCAGGAGGGUCUCAAAGGUCUCCUGAAUGACAGCAAGUGGGAGGGUUUUGUGCAGUUGUUUUUAAUGCAGGGUAAGCCAAGACUGGAUUCUCUAAUGUGUAUGGGCAGGAAAUGGUUCUUAGUCCCUCUAUAAUGAAACUGCCAGGAAACCAUUCUUGCAGCUGGGAGGUGAAUGCUGUUCUGCACCUGACUGUAACUGUGCUGUGUGUUGAACAUGGACCUUCUGCAUGUUCUGGGUGGAGAAAGUGUUUACUGUGCCUCCCUGGUACUGUGCCUCCCUGGUGUUAUUGCAGCUCGGGGAGGGAGGAAAUGUGGCCUUAUAUGAAAGACAUCUGUGUCUGAUGCUAGUGUCAGGCAGAUAAUGCUUCUGCCUGGUGAUGUUUUGGUAACAUACUCUUAAGUUCUAUGUUUACAGAAAGCUGUAUCAAUGAAACAACAGCACUGCCCCCCUUGUGUAAAAUGCAAUUCUUAAAUGGAGGGGAAAGAUCUUAUUUUAAUGAUAAUGAAGUUGCUAAGAUCUGGAUUUCACUUCCAUAUUAGGCAAAAAAAAAAAUACACUACAGGUACAUCAGUCAGUAAAUUGUGAGUGAUGCCCAUGGAGACUCUUGCUGGCAGAUUUAUGUGAGGUGUGGUGAUCAGAAGGAACGUGAGGAUGCAGCGAAUGCAGGGCCUGAAUGAUUACAUCACAUUGGAAAUCAGCCAGUAGCUGCAGACCAGGAUAAAAGAGAGGCACAGACUGAACUGCUUUUCCCCAGCACCCCAGCUGGCCUAUCACAGAGGAGGGCUCCUGGCCCAGUCCCUAUGCCAGAGCCCAGCGCACCUUUGUUGGGUCAGCUCUGCAGCCAGUGUGAGGAAGUGGCACAAGGCAGUACAGCCUCCCCCACCCAUCACUCCAGUCCUUACCUCAAAAACUCAAACUAGUUCCUCCUGACCUGGUAGCAUUAACCCCUUCACUCCUCCUGCUGUUUGAAACACUGAGUUUACACACUGCAAGUGCCAUCGGGAAGGGUGGUGCACAGGGAGGGGGGUAUGAAGAUGUGAACAUCUGUCAUGUGGUGUUUCUCAAUAUUCAAGUAAAACCUGCUUUUAGAGAAGGGGCCAGGAUGCUGUCAGGUAAGGGGUGUAACAGCCCUGUCUGCAAAGGGCAGGAUCACCCACGCUUUUUGGGUUGUUUCUUUGGUUUGGAUUUUUUUUGGUUGAGCAGUAAAUCAUUUUAACAGUUUAAUAAAUAUUUCUGAAAAACA